GCGUCGCUGGGAGAGAACGUGUUUUAAAAUACGGAUUACGCACGACGAAAAUUUUAUUCCCAUCGAAACUUUUUAGUGAUUAAUUUGUGAAUAGUGAAGUGAAACUUGGUUGUGUGCCUGCCAAUUAUUUGGGAUGAAAAUAGCCUUAAUAUUUCACUCGUGUCGUCGGAUUUUAGUAAAUAUCUCCGUAACUACACUCGGAAUAUAAAACAGAUACAACAACGAAGGAAGAUAAAUCCAAGGAUACCAGAGUUGAUGUGAAAUUUUCAAAGACAUUGUCACCGUUACAAUACAUGUGAAGACAUAAAUAGCUCGGGUUAUAAAUGGGAGUGGUUUUACGGUGUGUUUGAAAAGUGGUAGUGAUGUGUUGAUGUCAACUUCACUGAUGCGGGGUAACGGCUUUACCGGCCGGCAGGUCAAUGACAUCGCCGGCAGUUUUAUUGUGUUACGUACUUGUUUGUUCAACGUGCGGGCUAGCGUUGGAUCAGACAGUUGAUAACAAAAUAUCUAAAAGGCGAAGCAUUAUGGAACCAAUGCAUGGAUUAGUUAAGAAAGCUGUUAAUAAUAUAGAUCUUAUCGAAACUAGGACCAAUGUACAUAAUAAUAUUGUAAAUAGUAUAGAAAAUUUAAAAUAUGAGACAGGUGAAUACGGCACAAGAGCAAAUUCUAUCGAUGAGGUCGUCAAAUUUGAUGAUAUUUAUACGGAACAAGAUGAGAUAUUCAAUACAAACGUACACGGUGAUUACGUAGAUAAAUUAAGAAAGAAGAACACAAUCAAGGAUUUUACAAUAGAUUUUAUACCAAAAAAACGUGUCAAGAGAGACGAUGAGCAAGAUAUGAAAUGCGAGAGUUUUAAUUUUGACAAAAACAAAAAGUAUAUAACACAUCCGCAUGAUGGGGAAAAUAAGAAAAAAUAUUAUUAUAGCCACAUGGAUUGCGUGACAGUCAUAAGUGGGGCUGAGGGUGAAGUGGUUCAGUUGACGUUUGUGGACAUGUUCCACAUAGAAUAUCACCCAGAAUGUAGCUAUGACUAUUUAGAGAUACGCGAUGGUAAAAGAGGUUACGCGAAACUUCUUGGUAAAGUUUGUGGGGAAGCCUUCCCUCGUACAUAUACCACAACUGGACCUCAUGCUUGGCUGAAGUUUCACUCUGAUGAUACCAUUGAAUAUGAGGGUUUCCGCAUUGAUAUUAAGUUCAUACGUACUCCAACCAGUUAUAGCAUACCGGAUUCCUGUUACAAGGAACUACCGAAAGGUAGCAGGCAUGCGAUCAUAGUAUCAAAUGAUAUUGAUAAGGACUGUAGCGCCAGAACUGUUGACCAGGAUCUAGAUUUUCUAUGGAAUUUCACAGCACCUCUUGGUCACAAGAUUUAUCUGAAUUUCACACAGUAUACGUUGGCAAAACCCAAUGAGUGUGAGCACAAUUUUGUUGAAAUCUUUGGACAUGUAUUGGAAUCAGACGCCAGACUUGUUUUGUACUGCGGUUCUGUUGCAAACCCUGUAACCUCGAAAGGUAUUGAAGGUAUUAAAGAUGGUGAUGACAAAGGAAACAUAAUGUUUGUACGAUUGUACACGUCAAAAGUAGGAAAAUCAUCCUUUUUUAAUGCCAGCUUCAUAGCUUACAGAACUUUGGACACUACCAAGGAUGGAGAUAAAUGUGACGAAGAGACUGAAUUCGACUGUGAAGAUAAUACAUGUAUCGAUAAAAGUUUAAAAUGUGACAAUACUGCCCAGUGCAGAUUAAAAGCUGACGAAGAAAAAGAUAGAUGCUCAAGUCCAGCCGAUUCCAUGAUUGAUCAAACUCACAUCAAAGUGAUUCUCAUCAUUUUCUGUCUCAUUUUGUCGGGAAUGACUUUUGUAUUUUUCUUUAAAUGCAUCAAAAAGUUGUACGAAGAUCAUAAGAUAAUUAAAGAACAUAUACGCCAAUCUUGCGAGGACCGUUUGGAUAUGGUGAGCAGCCGUCUAACCCUGGAUGCCAAGCGGCUUCAGCGAGACAGCGAGCCGCGGGCAAGCCUAGAAAGGGAUAACCAAACAAACGAGAUGUUCAAGCAGCAAAGAAAGUUUUCGCAACAAAAAAUCCGGCCUACCAGCAUAGAUUCUGACUACAUCCAGGAAACGCAACUGGACCUUGAUGACGAUGAACCCUGGCGACGAGAAGUAGAGAGCAUUCCUGUUGAGCAAGAAAACGUUAGGAUCGAACGGAAUGGAAGAAGCAGACGCAGUGAGAGCAAGAAGGAAGAAUCUAUAAAAAGUAAAAAAGAAAGCGUCGAGAAGAAACAGAUACGAGAUGUUUCGGUUGGCGCUCCGGACACCAAAGAAUCGGGGUGUCAAACAAGAGAGAGCCUUUUUCAAACAGAUCCAGCAAUUAGUUCUGAUGGUUCCGGUACAACGAACAGCCGUGGGUUUUCAACUUUUGGCUAUUCUGGUGCCACAAUAGCCAGGCCUUCGCCACCACAAACCAACACCUCGCAAAUCACAAUUGAAUUACUGCGACAGGCCACAGAAAAAGAAGAGAAAUCACAAAAAAAAUAUCCCGAUCGGAGACCGAUGAGCACAGAGACGACCCGAUCCGCCCCUGACGUAAUCAUCGUCUCUAAACCGAUUCGCUGAGAAUGACCUCCGGGGCCUCCGUGGGGCAAUUCGCCCUGCGAGGCCCCAUGGCCCUGCGAGGCCCCUGAGGAACCACGAACUUGCCCCGAAGGUUCCUACCAACCUAACACAUGUUACGACCUAUCAAAGAGUGUCUCAUUUGAAUCCUGUGGUGGUUAUUACAGUCAGCAUUUUGACGAAGGACCAAAACUUUUAUACGAUUAUUGUCUCAAAAGUGAUUUUAAAGCCAAAACACUGCCAAGAAACAUAGGGUCAUCGGUAGAUUAUAAGAAGGUGCAUCCGCAGAGGAGCGUAUGCUUUUAUGGUGUAGAGUCGCCCACUAGGUGUAAAAAGACAUUUUUAGUUCACGCGGACAUCGAGCCUCCAAGAUAACGAAGAUAUGAAAAUGCAGAUUUAUUGAAUUAAUAUAAAUGAUCAUUAACUUUUUAUUAUUUUUAUUUUUUUGUUAUUACAUUUGGAUAAAUUAUAUAAUAUAUGAAUAAAAGAAUAAUUUUAAAAGCA